UUUUUUUUAAUAUAAGAAUGAUAGUAAUAAUAAUAAUAAUAUAAUUUAUGAUGUUUGGGUGGAAAAAAAAUGUAAAGAAAUUGUUUUCUCGCAGCCUCACUGAGCACUUCCCGCUUCUCCCUCUGUGAAUUGCGGUUUCAUUUGAUGGUUUCAAACCCCCAAAAGUUACACACACAGAGACUAACAUUUAUUCAACACAAGCACCACUAUAGUCAACCAAACCCAUCCUCUUUGCUUUUCUGUUCAACUUCGGAUCCGUACCGGAAGAGUGCAAAUUGUGCUUGCCAUGGCCUUGUGCACGCACAUCCAUGAUGACUUUCACAGAAGCCCAGAUUUUGAGCAAUGAAAAAUGUUGGAGUGAAGGUGCUUUAACGAAGUUGAAUCCUUCCCGGUGCUGGAAUUGAUAUGACAUUGUCCCAUAUGGCUUUUCAGUCAUUUUUUUCAAAGUAUAAAACCUUACCCUCUUUCUUUUGCACCCUUGUCCAACACAAACCCAAUUACCACAUUCAUUCUUUCCCAAACCCUCAAGUCUUAGGGCCAUCAUUACCAGACCUUGUCAAUGAGAUAUCCCGUGUACUCAGUGACCAUCGAUACCCUCACCAUGAUCUAGAACUCUCUCUCAAGCCAUUUUCUCCACAAAUAUCCACCAAUUUGGUCGAACAGGUCUUGAAAAGGUGCAAGAAUCUUGGCUUCUCAGCCCAUAGAUUCUUUCUUUGGGCUAAAUCAAUUCCAGGUUUUCAGCACAAUGAUGUGAGCUUCCACAUUUUGGUGGAGAUAUUAGGAAGUUGCAAACAGUUUGCCAUACUAUGGGAUUUUCUCAUAGAAAUGAGAGACUCUAAUUCAUAUGUAAUCAACGGUGAGAUUUUCUGGCUCAUCUUCAAGGCAUAUAGCCGGGCUAAUUUACCAGAUGGUGCAAUUCGGUCUUUCAAUAGAAUGGAUGAGUUUGGAGUUAUGCCAACUGUUCAUGAUUUGGAUAAGUUGUUGUACUUUUUAUGCAAAAGGAAGCAUCUCCAGCAGGCUCAACAAUUUUUUGACAAAGCUAAGAAUCGUUUAUCUUUAUCUGCUAAAACUUACAGCAUUUUGUUAAGUGGAUGGGGUGAGAUUGGUGAUUCAGAUAAAGCCCGCGAACUGUUUGAAGCAAUGCUUGAACAAGGAUGUCCAGUGGAUUUGCUUGCGUAUAACAAUUUGUUGGGCGCUCUUUGCAAAGGUGGUUGUGUGGAUGAAGCUAAGAAUGUUUUUCACGAUAUGUUGUCAAAAAGAGUUGAGCCAGAUGCUUUUACUUAUUCAAUAUUUAUUCAUUCGUAUUGCAGUGCAAAUGAUGUGCAAUCAGCUUUCAGGGUUCUUGAUAAAAUGAGAAGGUACAACCUUUUGCCUAACGUUUUUACAUACAAUUGUAUUAUAAAACGACUAUGUAAGAAUGAACUUGUGGAAGAAGCUUAUCAAUUGUUGGAUGAAAUGAUUUCAAGAGGAGUUAAACCAGAUAUUUGGAGCUAUAAUGCAAUACAAGCUUACCAUUGUGAUCAUUGUGAGGUCAAUAGGGCCCUGAGGUUAAUGUUUAGAAUGGAAAAAGAUAAAUGUCUUCCUGAUCGCCAUACAUAUAACAUGGUCCUCAAAUUGUUGAUCAGGAUAGGGAGGUUUGAUAGGGUAGCUGAAGUUUGGGAGAACAUGGUGGACAAAUUUUUUUUUCCAUCUGUCUCAACAUAUUCUGUCUUGAUUCAUGGUUUUUGUAAGAAGAAAGGAAAACUAGAGGAGGCAUGUAAGUAUUUUGAAAUGAUGAUUGAUGAAGGAAUACCACCUUAUGUUACUACUGUUGAGCUACUGAGGAAUCGACUCUUGGGUUUAGGGCUUUUAGAUCACAUUGGAAUACUGGUUGAUAAAAUGAGGCAGAGCACUUCCCAUGCAAUUCAAGAAUUGGCAAAUGUUAUGAUUGGUAAUAGAGCAGCUCAUAAUACUUUGAGAUGUGAUGAGACAGAUAUAAAAAGUGACUGAGGAAGUGGCUAUUUGUUUCUCAUACUACUUUCUCCUUAUUCUAUUUUGAUGAAUAUGUCGAGGAAACCAUUUCAUUGCUGCAGAGCACAUAAUGGAGAUGUUAAAUCUGUGCUCUUGCUGCUGGUCUGGCAACUAAAGAUGACAAAAAGGGUGCUGUGGUGUAUAAUCGAUAUUAUCAUGUUUUUAGUGAAGGAGAACUUGAAAGUUUGACAGCUGGAAUAAUCAAUGCUAGAAUCGUUGAUCAGUUUUUUGAUAAAUCCAACUGGUGUAUUAUUCUCGAGAAAACAGCAUAACCUAGAAAGAAACCUGUUUGAUAUGUCAAGGAUCCUUGCGUGAGUAUAGAAGGCCAGAGGGUUGUAUGACAACUUUUACAAAAUUUAUCUUGCAGGUUAACUUUGUCUGGUAUUCAGCUUAAUAUGAAUAAAAAACAUGGACAGCUGCAAAACUUUGAAAGCAUUAUUCUCUGGCCAUUAUCAUCCAGAUCAGUCUGCAUUCUUCAAGAAAGCCUGAGUCCUUAUUUUAAUUUUUCUUUCUUUUUAUUUGCAAAGCCCAUUUUUGGUUAUAACAAUAGGGCAUGAAGUACGCAUGGCCCCUUUGUCAGCCCAAACAUUGCUGAAUAUCUUUUAUACAGGAGCAUUUCUACAACGUCGUUUAUUGGAAGUUUACACAGUUGGAUUUCA